AUGCUUAAAUCCAAGGACAUGGCUCCUGAACUGGUGGCACACAGACAAGAGAACCUGAAGAGACGCCGCCAAGACUUCAAUUGGAGGAUACAUGCUCCGGGAUUACCUCACGCUGUACUUGCUCAAAGUCCGGAUGAGUUGCCCCCUGAGGUCAGAUUCUCUUUCAGCAAAGACAAAGAAUUCAAGUUCAGCUCGGCUGCAGCUUUCAUGAAGCUGAAACUGCAAUGCCCUUCAUAUGACACCUGGACCAGCUUUGAGGACCUCAGUGGGAUGGUCUCCGACAAGACAAAGACUUUCGAAUACGUGGAGAAGAAUUGGAAAACAGAUGAAUUCUUUGGAUACCAGUUUCUAAAUGGCCUGAAUCCCAUGAUCAUCAAGCGCUGCUCAAAACUGCCUGAGAAAUUCCCGGUCACCACUGAAAUGGUCAAAAGUUUUUUACCAGAUAUGAGCUCAUUGGAAUCAGAAAUGAAGAAGGGAAAUAUCUUCCUCUGUGACUACGAAAGACUGAGAGACCUUGAGGGAAAUGAGAUCAACAAGAAAAAGCAGUAUCUGGCUGCUCCACUCUGUCUGCUUUUCAGCACUCAGGGCAAACUGAUGCCAAUUGCCAUCCAGUUGACCCAGCAGCCUGGACCAGGGAAUCCCAUCUUUCUGCCCUCCGACUCUGAGACUGAUUGGUUGUUGGCGAAGAUCUUUGUGAGAAAUGCAGAGUUUUGUGAACAUGAGCUGAACUUCCAUCUGCUGCGCACUCACCUGAUGGGGGAGGUCUUCACUGUGGCAACGAUGCGCAACUUUCCUUCAUGUCAUCCGCUGUUUAAGCUCCUGAUACCUCACACUCGCUACAAUCUCCAGAUCAACAUCAUGGCCAGGAGUCGGCUGAUCUCAGAGGAUGGGGUUUUCCCUCAGUUUACUUCCACUGGACAUGGCUCCAUGAUGACCUUCCUGAAAAUAGCAGCCUCUACUCUGACGUACAGCUCCUUCUGUAUUCCGGAUGAUAUCAAGGAGAGGGGAUUGGAAAAGAUUCCCAAUUACUACUACAGAGAUGAUGGUCUGAAGCUGUGGAACAUCAUUUUAAAGUUUGUGUCUGGAUUUGUGUCGCAUUACUACAGCGAUCAAGAUGUCAAGGAAGACAAGGAGCUGCAGGCUUGGCUUACCGAGAUAAAAGAAAACGGCCAGCUAGAACAAAGUCAGGCUGGAUUUCCAAAGCAUUUCUGCACCGUCAAAGAGCUGGCUAAGUUUGUGACCAUGGUGAUCUUCACAGUGUCUGCUCAACAUGCUGCGGUCAACAGCGGCCAGUUUGACUUGGGGGGCUGGAUGCCCAACUUUCCAAGCUCUCUCCGAUGUCCACCACCUCGUCAAAAAGGAGAAACCACAAGGCAGUCUAUUCUUGAGACCUUACCUGACGUCAGCACCACAUUUAAUGCAAUGGCUGCUGUCUACUUGCUGAGCCAGGAGGGCUCUGAUCGGUAUCCACUUGGACAUUACCCUGAGGUGUCAUUCAGUGAGGAGGUGCCGCUGAAACUGAUAACUCAGUUUAAAAAUAAUCUGCAGGAUCUUGAGAAGAAAAUUGAUUCCAGAAACGAGAAGCUUGCUCUGCCGUACACUUACCUGAAUCCAAGAAAUGUGGAUAACAGUGUUGCCAUUUAGAAUGAGGGUCUCUACGGGGUCUUUGAUUUUUGGUUUUGAGUUUCUCUUCUGGUGGAGCUAAUCUGACUUUUCUAUAUACAGGGCUGUCCACAAAUA